GGAGAUGCCCCUACAUGUGAAAUGGCCGUUCCCCGCGGUGCCGCCGCUCACCUGGACCCUGGCCAGUAGCGUCGUCAUGGGCUUGGUGGGCACCUACAGCUGCUUCUGGACCAAGUACAUGAACCACCUCACCGUCCACAACAAGGAGGUUCUGUACGAGCUCAUCGAGAACCGAGGCCCAGCCACACCCCUCAUCACGGUGUCCAAUCACCAGUCCUGCAUGGAUGACCCUCACCUCUGGGGGAUCCUGAAACUCCGCCACAUCUGGAACCUGAAGUUGAUGCGUUGGACCCCCGCGGCCGCAGACAUCUGCUUCACCAAGGAGCUGCAUUCCCACUUCUUCAGCUUGGGCAAGUGCGUGCCCGUGUGCCGAGGAGAUGGCGUCUACCAGAAGGGAAUGGAUUUCAUUUUGGAGAAGCUCAACCACGGGGACUGGGUGCACAUCUUCCCGGAAGGGAAAGUGAACAUGAGCUCCGAGUUCCUGCGCUUCAAGUGGGGAAUCGGACGCCUGAUCGCCGAAUGUCAUCUCAAUCCUGUCAUUCUGCCACUGUGGCAUGUCGGAAUGAACGACGUCCUUCCUAACAGCCCGCCCUACUUCCCCCGCUUUGGACAGAAAAUCACUGUGCUGAUUGGGAAGCCCUUCAGUGCCCUGCCUGUGCUCGAGCAGCUCCGGGCAGAGAACAAGUCAGCUGUGGAGAUUCGCAAAGCCCUUACGGACUUCAUCCAGGAGGAAUUCCAGCGCCUGAAGAGCCAGGCCGAGCAGCUCCACAACCACCUUCAGGCUGGGAGAUAG